UUGCGUUUGCGUACAGGAAAGAAAAUACCGAAAAUUCCAUCACAAUAAGAAUACAGUUUCUCUGGUUUAUCAUAAAACAAGAAGAAUUCCCAAGAUUUCCUCAACUCCGUUUCUUUCGGACCAUCCAUCAUUUCCCCUUUCCCCUCAUUUCCGCAUUUCAUUUACUUUCCCACUUCUUCCAUUUUCUUUAAUCCCAAGAAAUCAAAAUCAAGAUUCCAUUUCUCACAAAAUUUUUCUCAAAUAAACGAAAAGGAGGAUUUGCUUUCAUCAGAUCACCCUCCUUUUCAAGAUUUUCCAAACCCUAAUUAGGACAUUUGAUUAAGAAUCGUUUUAAUGGCUUGUAGAAGGGCGGUUCUAUUUGGAACAAAUUCUAGGUCUAGUUUGUAUAAAAUAGGUGGUGGUGGUGGAGGUUUUAAUUCUUUAGCUCCGACGACAACAAUAAUUGCUGAUAGAUAUCCAAUUUGUUCGUCUUCAUUAUCGAUCAGGUCUUCUCCAUGUUUGAGUCCUCAUUUUAAUGGAUUUGAUUGUAGGCAGAUUUCGCAGAUGACAUAUAAUGGUAAACAACGAGCGUUUCUUGUUGAUACAUUAGCUCUGGUUAGGAAAUUAGAGAAAGAAGGUUUUGAAUCAAAGCAUGCGGAAGCAAUAACAGAUGCUGUGACACAAGUUUUGAGUGAUAGCUUAGAAAAUGUGGCUCAGCUCUAUGUAUCCAAUGGCGAAAUGCAAAAGAUUCAAAUGUCCAUAGAAGCUGAUAUCUCCAAAUUCAAAUCUCAAGUUAACAGUUCCCAGGAGCACAAUUUCUCUCAACAACAGCGUGAAACUGAAAAACUCCGCAGCGAUAUUGAGAAGAUGCGCAGCGAACUGAGGUAUGAAAUUGAUAAAGUCACUGCUGGACAACGUCUGGAUUUGAAUCUUGAAAGAGGACGAAUACGGGAUGAGUUGGCGAAUCAGAAUGCAGAAACAUCUAACCUGACAAACAAGCUUGAUCGGGAAAUUCAUGCCUUGAGGGCUCAACUGGAAGCAGCAAAGUAUGAUGUGAUUAAGUAUUGCAUUGGUACACUCGUCUCUAUCUCUGCUGUUGGUCUUGCUAUAAUCCGUGUUUUGAUGUGAAACUCUCUAAGCCUGUUGAUAUUGGAAGGUAACUGGAAUCUAAAGAAACCUUAGUACAUUCAUUGUUUUUACUUGAGGAAAUUGAGUAGUGACUGACAGUUUGGAAGAUCUGAUGGCCAUGUGUAUUGAAAUUGUGGCUACAUGCACAUCUGACUAGCUCUUCACACUUUUCUUGGUUAACUCUACUUUCUUGUUAUAUUUUCGUUGUAAGUCGGAAAAGGGCUAAAGAUAAUGCAACAUCAAUUUGUCUGUGUACUAGGAAUUCUGACGAUUUACAUCAAAUAUAUUAGCAAAACAUUGCAUCAUAAUUCAAGAGCACUUGUUAUUUGUGUUCACUUUGUUA